UGACGUCAUUGCUGUGCGCCUCGUGUUUACAGACAACCGUCAGAAAUUCUGCAGCCGUUUUUAACGCAUCACACGGGAGUGAUAUUUUAUAUUUUAAGGCACGGGUAAACGCGGAGCCCGACCAGAGUAAACAGCAAGAGCCUUGUAGAGAAAAUCUGCAUUUUUGGAUGCCGAUUUCGUGCAGUGUUUUGUGGAUGUUGUCCAGGUGCUGAUGUGAUUGGAGGAUGUGAACCGAAAAGUUGUCAGAGGUGAAAGUCUAAUUUAAAAGUUACAGUCCGGUUUAGCAUGGCAGGUGGAACCAGUAAGUUGAUGUAAGGAGCUGAGCAUGGAGGAUGAAGAAGAUCUGGAGACACUUGGUGAGCAGCUGUACUCUCUGAUUUACCCCAAACACAAAGAGGAUGCUGGGAAACUUACAGGGAUGUUACUGGAGCUGCCAGGUCCUGUGCUGAGUCAGAUGCUACAGGAUGAGUCCCUGCUGAUGGCAGCUGUGGAGAAAGCCCUCAGAGCCCUGCAGCUGCCACAGGAACCCUGCAAAGUAACGUGUAAGGAUGAGGAUGACGUGUCUGUGUCAUCUGACUCUCUGGGCGAGCAGCUGUUUGAGCUGGUGGACGUCUACAACACUGGACACUCACAGAAAAUCACAGGAAUGUUGCUGGAGCAGCACAAAGAUGCCGUGUUAAACCUCCUUUCAGACCCCAAAGUGCUGGAGGAGCAGGUGACCCUCGCCCUGAAGACACUAAAGGAGCAGAAUGUGGAGGAGACUGACGUCAGUGACUCAUCUGAGGCUGAUGAUACUGACAAGCUGGGAGAGAAGCUCUUCUUGCUGGUGGAGGAAAUUGAUCCACUUCAUGCAAAUGAUAUCACAGGUAUGUUGCUGGAGAUGGCGCCAGCUGCCCUCCAACAGCUGCUCACUGACCACACAGUUCUGGAAAAUGCUGUUCAGAAAGCACAAGGAGCACUGGAAACUUAGAACUGAGCUUUCUGUACUCCAGUAACACUUGACGAACACAAAAACACAUUAAUGAUUAUUGAUGAACUAAGAUGAUAUAAGACUGGUAAGAGGUGACAAGUCACUGCAGGAGAUCCUGGUACUACAAGCUACUGAUUUCACAAUCAGCCCUCUUUGUUGUGUAUGGACUGAGGAGAAAGUGUGAGUGGAGUCUGAAGAGCUUUUUUGCCAACUCAAACAAAGUUUUCCGCCUCUGAUAUGGAAGCACUGAUGAUCUUUCUCAGAUAAACGGACUGAUUAUGUGCCAGUGUCUAUUGAAAAACGAUGAUUUACCAUUGUUGUUUCACCUGAAAGCCAAACCUCCACAACAAGAGUUGAAUCCAACUGAUACUGGAAUUUUGGAGCCAGCACAGAUUUUAGGAGGUAAAAACAAAUCUUUAGAAGUACUUUACGUAUGUGCUUGAGUUAUACUGAAAAGGAGAAAUGACGGCAUCGUUUAUUAACUUGCAAUUAAGCUAUUUUAAAAUCUAGUUAUCAACUUACUGUGAGGACUCCCCAUCACCGCCUGCUCAGCUAUGAUGCAUGCUCUGCUGCAUGUGCUGCAGUCAGUGCUGAGAGUGUUGUGAUCAACGGAGUCAGAGCUGCUCUGCUGGACGAACUACUGUUGUGUUCAGUUCAGUGGCUGCAUCUUUCUAACGCUGCAUUUCGAGAGUUCUUUUAAAUGCAGCUAAAAAUUUGUCCUUCUUCUCCCGGCCUGCAAAGGACUUAAUGGGUGGAUUCGUCAUGGCCCAGCCUAUCCCAAGAUCUGGUGCAUGUUCCAGUGGAUUUUAGAGACAAUGGCAGGCUCUGCAGGCUAUACUUCAGCAGCUGAAGAUUACACUUUUAAAUGCAAGUAUUUCCUCCACUAUAUGAUAAAACUACAAAAAACAGAACAAUCUAAAUUUCCAGCUCCAUUUUGUCCAGAUGUUCACUUCAGCUGUCAAUGUUAAUGGGCAACAGGAGCAGCAAAUGCAAGGAAAAUGAAGAGAACAGGUGGGGAUGCCAGUAGAGAGUUCUCUAUAGUCUGACUGUCUAAUUUAACAACACUGAGUUCGACAAUCGCAUCCUUCAAAGGUGAUCAGGCUCUAAACAUGAGAUCAGAAUUCCUGUCAAGUCACCAUUAUAUAUACAGAACAUUUAAAAGAACAGACGUUGACCUGAAGUGCUUUCCAAUAGAGAAAUAAGAUUAAUGUAACAAACUGACCUGUCACUUGAUGAAACUGUUUACAGUGAGCCUUAAGGGAAGAUUUUCUUGUCAGGUUCUACAGCAGGGGUGGGCAAUUAAUUUUCAUACGGGGCCACAUGAGAAACUUUGACGGUUGUUAAGGGCCGGACCAGUACAUUUAAAAGCUCUGCUCAAUAUAUAUCUCAAUAAAAACAGUAAAUGAAACAAUACAAUGAUAUAAUGAAAAUGUGGAACACAGAACACAAGUAUUUAAUGAAAGAUUUUGUUUUUUCAUUCAAACUAUGAUUGCUGCCUAUUGAGUUGUAGAUAUUUACUAUCAUAAAGACAUACUUAAAAUGUGAAACUGA